UCUUGUGUUCCAAUUUUCAUAUUUUAAUUGAUGNGAUUAUUGUCUUAAAUAUGAUGCACAUUACGCAAAUGCUUACAUUCUGUGGUACUUUGUGCUUAAUAUUUCUAACCGAAAUUGCUUCUUCCACGGAUGAGACUUUAUCUGAAGAAUUGCAAUGUAUAAAACCGAUAUCCUAUGAAAUGAAGAUUUUUCCGCUAAUACAAAAUAACUCUCUUAACGUUGAAACUCGCGUCAAAAUAAACGUUAGCUGUUUACAGUCACCUAUAAAAUUAAAUUUCGGACGUUAUUGUGAUGCACCGGAAAUUACUUUUAUUAGUAAUAAUAUAUUAAGACGUGAUAAUCUUCCUUCUUUGUUUUGGACAACGUCGGUGUCAUUUUUGACGAAAGUACAAUCCAAUAUUUUACUCAUUAAAGUUUUUCGAGUGAAUCACACACUGUGGGACUUAACACCCCGAAUAACAUAUCUACAACCCGGAAUAUACUGGAUAAAUGCAAUAUAUAAUUGUCUUUUAGACAAAGUUGCUACUGUUUUAUCAAAUAAACAGCAAUCUGAAGAAUCGAAAUAUUUAAUUUUGCCACGUAUUCCCGCUGAAUGGAUAUUUCCAUAUUGGGAAAACUCAGCAAUUAAGGCCACAUUUAGUAUUCGAAUUUACCACAACAUCGAUGAAAUAGCUCUUUCACAUAUGUUUGGUGAUACACGUCUUGAAGGAAAUACAUACUUUCCCCCUUCGUCUAUAAUGUCUACUCAUUUAGUAGCAAUAGCAGUCGUACCUUCUAUCGUAGCUAAUUCCUAUUAUUUUUUUGAGGGAGAUAUUAUAAUAAACAGAGUAAAGAUAAACAGUAACUUGUUAUAUGCACAAUCUCUUAUUACAAAUAUCAAGCAUCGUGUUAGAAACACUUGGAGAAAUGUAUCAUGGUCACGUGUGAUUUAUGUAGCUCUUCCAAUAAAUUCUAGCCAUUACGAAAGUAUAAUAACUAAAAAUCAAGUUUUCUUCAAUGAAGUUGAAAUUACAUACGAUGAAGAACUAGAUUCACUUGCACAACAAGAAAAGGUAACAUGUUUGGUAGCACGUAAUGUAAUACAAGAAAUGUUUAGUGAUUGGUUACCUACAUUGAAACAAUCUGAUUCUUGGUUUAUGGAAGGUUUUUCACCAUAUUAUGGAGUGUAUAUUAUUGAUCAGGUAAAUCAUACAGUAUCAUAGUCGUUUACACUUGUAACUUAAAUGGUUUGUUACACGCAAAUAGUAUUUAUAAUAAACUUUAUCCUACUAAUAUAUACUUACACUAUUGUAACACGUCCAUGUAACACUGUUGUAAUAUUACUUUUUUACAUUUUUAUUAAGAUCCAAAAGUAGUAUCAGAACAUAGGUAUGUAUUAGAUACUAUGUAUACAUAUGUAUAUGUAUAUAUUUAUGA